AUGAAGGAAGGGGAAGCCAAAGUGUACGGGAUGCUUCUGUUAUCACGAUGUCCCCUGUUUGGAGAUAGUAUCACUGAUUCCCGAGGCGGCACGUCGCAAGACAUCUUGACGGUCCAUGUAUUGUCAACCUCGCUCUUUACCAUACUCUAUCGAAUAUCCGAUGAAAAUAUUGCUGAUAGGCAUAUAAGGGAAGAAACAGUCAGCAUUUACCUCUCUGAUGUCGCUGAAAGAAAGCGUAAAGACAUCAUAUACCAAACAUACGUGGUCAAAGAACAAAUGCGAGCAGCAUACCUUGUAAACCUCGUAAACUAG